AUGGAGGCGGUGCGGGCGCAGCGGCUGCAGCCCGGGGUGGGCACCGGGCCCCGCGGGACUCGGCCCGGCCUCACCGGGGCCCCCGCGGGGCUCGCACCGGCCCCGGGAGCGGCCUUGGGGCCGGGGCUGGGGCUGCCGCCGCCGCCGCCUCCGCUGGGUCUGCAGGGCCCCCCCGCGCCCCCCGGGAGCGGGGUCGGGGCCGUGCCCGGGCCGCCCGCGGUGCUGAGGGAGGCGGUGGAGGCCGUGGUGCGGAGCUUCGCCAAACACACGCAGGGCUACGGCCGCGUCAACGUGGUGGAGGCGCUGCAGGAAUUUUGGCAGAUGAAGCAAUCCCGCGGUGCCGAGCUGCGCAACGGAGCCCUGGUUCUCUACGAGAUGGUCCCGGCUGCCAGCCCUCCCUACGUCUGUUAUGUCACCCUGCCCGGGGGCAGCUGCUUCGGCAGCUUCCAGUUCUGUCCCACCAAGGCCGAGGCGCGCCGGAGCGCCGCCAAGAUCGCGCUGAUGAAUUCCGUCUUCAACGAGCACCCGUCCCGCCGCAUCACCGACGACUUCAUCGAGAAGAGCGUCUCCGAGGCCCUGGCGUCCUUCAACGGCAACCGAGAAGAGGCGGAUAAUCCCAACACCGGGAUCGGGGCCUUCCGCUUCAUGCUGGAAUCCAACAAGGGAAAAUCCAUGCUGGAGUUCCAGGAGCUGAUGACGGUUUUCCAGCUCCUGCACUGGAACGGGAGCCUGAAGGCAAUGCGGGAGCGCCAGUGCUCGCGCCAGGAAGUCCUGGCUCACUAUUCCCACCGCGCCCUGGACGAUGACAUCAGGAACCAGAUGGCCCUGGACUGGGUGAACCGGGAGCAGAGCGUUCCGGGCGCCCUUUCCCGGGAGCUGGCGGCCACCGAGCGGGAGCUGGACGAGGCCAGGCUGGCCGGGAAGGAGCUGAGGUUCCAUAAGGAGAAGAAGGACAUCCUGCUGCUGGCCGCUGGCCAGCUGGGCUCAGCUCAUUCCUCCUGAAGCCCAGGGAGCCGUGCCUCGGUGCUCCCGACGUCCUUUUCCUCAGUCCCCGUUUGCACAUUCGGAAGGGAAUUUAGGAGGAGGGGGGGAAAAAGCUCCUGAAGGGAUUUUUAGCGGUUUCCUAUCCUGGUUUUUAGAGCUCCUCCUUGUUCCCCUUAUUCCCUUGAGAGCUCUUUAUUCCCUAGGGAACUUUUUUUAUUCCCUGGGAAUUCCUUUUUUGUUCUUUUCCUGUCCCGUUAUUUCCGGGGUUUAGAGCACAGGUUUUGUCCUGGAGCAGCUGGGAUCCCACAGGAUCCGGUGUUUCCUCUUGGAAAACCCCCUUGGAUCCGAUGCCUGGCCACCCCCUCUCUCCUGUCAGCAGAAAGGGAUCAAUUAAACCUCCUUGAUGAGCUCCUUAAUUAAACCAAGGCCUGCAGCAUCCCUAGGGAUUGAAAACUGCGGGGACAGGGCAAUUCCAGAGGGGGAACUGCGGGUCCUGCUGUGCUGAUCCCAGAUUUAAUUCCAAACAUCGGCUUGGAGAAGUCAAAAAAGUGGAAAACGAGGGGAGGGAUUUGCACUAAUCGUUCCCCAUCCCUCGUGUGGGUAUCCAUAUGGAAUUUGGACUAUAUUUAGCUUUAAAAACCGCUUUUACGGCGUGGAAUUGUUCAAACAGCUCCAGGUUCACCCAAGAAAAUGUCAAUUUAUCCACGGAAAUUUCCGUUUUACUCCCCUUUUCCCCAGCAGAACGGGAAUACAAACUAAAUUCCGAGCCAGAAUUCCUUUUUCCACCCCGGCUUAGAGCUUUUCCCCGUUUCUUAUUCCCCUUAAACCCUUUGGAGUCUCACCCUCUUCCUUCCCUCUGCAGGAUAUUCCAGCAAUAAUCAUUGCUUUAGGAUAAAAAUCGGAAUUAUUCCAUUAUCUGUAGGUACACCCCGUUUUUAUAUCCGCAUCCUAACAAGCCUAUUUUGGGGGUUUAUAUAUAUUUUUUAUACUUUUUACAAACACUAUUAAGGUUUGAUGUCGCUGGCAAUGGGAUUUAAAAGGGGUUGGGGGGAAUUUUCCUGAGAUGUUGUUAAAAAACUGAUUUAGGAAUAAGGUGGAGUUAAUCCCGUGAUUUAUUCCACACGUGAGGGAAUCCCUAAAGAUCCUCUCAGCAAUUCUGGUGGCUCCAAGUAAACAGAUCCGGGAGCAUUUUGGGAAUUCAUCACUGUGGAAGAAAAGAAAAAAAAAAAUUAAAAAAAAAAAAGGGAAGAAACCGGACAUUCCAUUUCUUGUGAGAUUGGGGCGCCGGUUUAGAGGCGCCGGAUCUCCUUGAAAGUUGUCAAAAAUAAAUUAACAAAUCCAAAUUUCCUCAGCGUGGAGAAACUCGUGCUCCUUGUUGCGGUGGCGGAAUCUCAGCGAUCCGGCGGGAUAAACGCUGCUGUGGAUUUUAUACAAUAAACCCAGCGAUUUUUUUGGUUAA